AGUAUUGAUUGCUCAUCCAGAAGACUUCAAUACAUUCCAAAGAUUUAUUCUUCAACACAGUCUUUAAGUAUAUUGGACCUCAGUAGAAAUCACUUGACAACAAUUGAGAAUCAUAUCUUUGAUGGUUUGAAAGUCACAGAAUUAAACCUUUCCUUCAACCGAAUUAUGAAAAUUGAGGACAUUGUGUUUAAGGGUAUGGGUGAAGUCAAAGUACUUGACCUUCAAUUCAACCAUCUGACAACUCUACCAAAAGCUAUUGGAAAUUUGGUCAAUUUGGAAGAACUUCACAUUAAUCAUAAUAAAAUAUUUUCAGCAGAGGAACUCAACAUUCAGUUAUCUUCCAUGAAAAAAUUCCUUGCAAGUGGAAAUUUUUUCACAGCUUGGCCAUCAUGGCUUGAAAAAAUGCCAUUUUUGGAAGAACUUGAUCUUGGAUACAAUCCUAUUUCUACCUUCCCAAAAAAUAUUCAAAAUCAUCAGUGGUCACUCAACGUGCUGAUUCUUGACAACUGUAAAUUCCAGUAUGUUCCCAUACAAUUGGAUCAACUACGCAUGUUGGAAAUAUUAGACAUGUCUUAUAAUCCUUUG